AUCCAUUUUAUUUACAAAAUGCUGAAAGCUGCAAAAGACGCUUUCUGUUUCAAAUUGAAUUAAUGUUUUUGAUUAUUCCCCCUGAAAUUUGUGAUUAAUUUGCAAAACGUAGUAGAUUCUUUACUUGUAUUGUGAAAUGAAUGAAACAAUGGCGGUCCAGGAGCUCUGCACGGGCUGUCUCAGCCGUGGACGGGAUUUGUUGUGUCUUAUUGAUGAAACCGACGAAUAUUUGAUUUACAAACAAAUAUUGUAUGAAAUCUCGAUCUAUGAUCCAACAUUGAUGGAACCAAAUUUCUGUUGGGAAUGUCGGGCGAGACUCAGGAGCUUUCAGGCUUUCAAGGAAAGGGUACAGAAAGCUUACAUGAAGUUAUCUGACUAUGGUCCAGAGGCUAUAUUACAAGGCACACUGCAACCACCGCAACUGCAAAGCCAUGCCGCCUUCAACUUCUCAUAUCCUGAUACAUGUGAUACAGAUGACUUGAAACUAGACGUAAAACGGGAAAACUCACAAGUGCCUUCCGCGGUGGAAACAUGUAUAGAUAUCAAACCCGAGCCUGUAUGUCCCUUAGACACACAUACGGAACCAGAAUCAUUCGCUUACAACCUGGAAAUCACGAAUAAUGAAAUAGAAUCUGUGGUGAAAAAAGUAAAAGCUACGAAGAAAAAAGUCAAACCUGUAAAAGGGAAGAACGUAAAGAAAACACCAAAGAAAAAGGUUGUAAAAGUAAAGCAGUCCAAGAAAAAAGUUGAUACAAAAGGCAAAGAGAAAAGUAAAAUAUCUGAUGAUGAGUCAGUUGUGUCUGCAGAUUUUGUGCCUUCGGAUGGGAACAGUGAUGUGGAGGAUCUAGAUAUGAAGGAAGCUGAAGCUGAGAUUGCUAAGGAGACUAGCAUUAAAGAGGUAAUCCUGACGCCCGAAGAAGUGGCGAGGGAGAGAGAAGACGAGUUGAAGGGAGACAAGUUCCUUCGCAACCAGUUCAAAUGUAGCUCUUGUAUACUCGGCUUUAGGAGCUGGAUUGCAGUGAAGAGCCAUAAUGAAACGUGCCAUCAUGAAAAAGCCGGUUCAUCAAUAUGCAACAUAUGCAACUGUAGAUUUGCCUCGCCCGACGUGUUGCUCGCGCACUCCACAUCUCACACGGUGCGGUAUCAGUGCGCUAAGUGCGAUCGUAGAGAGAAGAGCAGGGAGAUACUGGAGGCGCAUGUGCAGACACACGUGACCGAGGAGAGGACACACGAGUGCGAUGUUUGCGGGCAUGUUUCUAAUUCUCUCUCCCUACACCAGACCCACAUGUCGCGCGCGCACGACGCCAAGCCACAGUGCGUGGAGUGCGGGAAGACCUUCAGCUCGCGCAAGACGUACCGGUACCAUCUCAAGUUAAGGCUAGUGUCAGUCGCUGACAGACGCACAUGUCGCGACGCCAAGCCGCAGUGCGUGGAGUGCGGGAAGACCUUCAGCUCGCGCAAGACGUACCGGUACCAUCUCAAAAAACAACCAGAGCUGGAUGACACCCUCGUGACCAUGGUGAAUAGGUUAGAAUCCAACUUAAAACAAUCGCUCAGUGAUUGGAAGAAGGAUUUCGACAGGAAUAUGUGCGAUUUCAAUAGCAGUGUUGUUGAAAUGAAAAACGAGAUCGGAUCAAUUCGCGCCGAAUACACCGACAUAAAAAACCAGAUCUCAGAGUUGAGCGACAAACAUGACGUCACCUCUGCCAAGGUUGUUGACUUAGAAGCGGCGGUCGGUAUCAUCGAAGAACAACACCGCACGACGGACCACAAAAUCUCACACAUCGAGCAAGAGCUGAAAUCCCGUAUCCUGGUCCUGGAAAAGAGGGACCAUGACCGCGAUCAGUACUCGAGAAUGAAUAAUGUUGAGAUAAGUGGCAUUCCAUCAAAGCCUGGCGAAAAUCUUUUCAACAUUUUAAAAGAUUUGUGCGCCGUGAUUGGUUUUAAUUUCAACUCCAGUGACAUCGACUAUAUUCAUCGGGUCCGUACCUACGCGGCGACUAAGCAGAGCCCGGGAGCUGGUGCAGGCGGUAGCGCGGCGGGUGGUGCCGCCCCGGAGCCAGGGUUGCAGCAGCGCCACCCGCACAUCGUGGUGCGCUGGGCGCGCCGCCGCUGCCGUGAGGAGAUGGUAGCCGCGGCGCGCCUGCGCCGACACAUCAACACGGCGCAGUUAGGGAGUGAUCGCAACGAGGAGGCGACGGGUGCGGAGCGCGGGGGUGGCGUGCUGGUGGCGGUGCGCAGCGAGCUGGGCGCGGAGCGGCGCGCGUGGCCGGGGCCGCGGGCUGCUGUUGCAGACUGUAUCUGGGUCGCGAUCCCGAUGGCGCCGCCGCCGCCUCGCGCCACUUCCGCGACGCACGUGUCGCGCGCGUACGACGCCAAGCCGCAGUGCGUGGAGUGCGGGAAGACCUUCAGCUCGCGCAAGACGUACCGGUACCAUCUCAACGUGCUGCACAAGGGCCAGAACCGGUUCCCAUGCCCGCACUGCGGGAAGGUGUACCAGUGGAAGUCCAACCUGUGGAGGCACAUCAAGAACCACAAGGCGCGCGACAGUGGCGACCUCUUCUGCGCGCCGUGCAACAAGCGUUUCGCGUCCAUCGCGACUUACAGACAGCACGUGAAGAUAUCGCGACGACACGUGUCCGAGAGCGAGUUCAACUUCAUGUGCACGGACUGCGGCAGCAAGUUCGUCUCCCGCGCCAAGCUGAAGGAGCACGUCGACUGGGAACACCUGCACAGGACCAACUACACGUGCGCGAUGUGCGACAAGGCGUUCAAGAGCAGCACGUCCCUGUACGUGCACUUACAGAAUGUACACAAGAACAAGGAGGAGAAGGACAACUUGUGUCACGUGUGCGGGAAGAGCUAUCAGAGCACAGCCAAGCUGAAGUACCACAUAGUGGCCAUGCACACGGGGGCCACUCCCUACACGUGCGCGCAGUGCCCGGCCGCGUUCAGCUGGUACAGUAGUCUGUACCGACACACGCGCGAGGUGCACGGGAAGAUAAAAGGUGCGAAGAAGUCCAAAAAGCCCAAGAAGCCUGCUCUAGCUCCGAUCCUGGGCCCAGCCUCAUCACUCGCCGCGUCUCUCGCGCAGCCGCCGCCCGGCCCUUGAUACUGAUGGCGGUGUAAUAUGUGAUGAUGUGGAUUUUUGUUACAUGUAAUAUGUGAUGAUUUGGAUUUGAUUCUUGCCAGAGUUUUGAGGAUGUAGUGUAGACGAUUCGCAAGGCACAAAUUGAAUUUUUUGCUAUGUGAAACUUAAAUUUUAUCAUGAUGUAAUUUUUGUAUUUUAAACCUAUUAUUUUACCGAUUUACAUAAAAAAAUUACUUCCCCUCCCCGGUUCAUAGUUUUUCAAAUGAAGAAAGUUCGUUAUUUAGUCCCCUGAACAUAGAGAUACCUCUAACCUUUUUACGGGACUAAAUACAAGUGGUUUAAAAUUUACAAUUGCGUUUUAUACAUUCGUGUUCUCAUAUUGAAAGAGUUGUAUGAAUCUCGGGUUUUACUUACAUCACAAUCUUGUAUUCAUUGAUCUCACAAUGUAACUGAUUUUUUUUUACUUUUUUAAGCUUUAUAUAUGACAUUUUUUAAAGUAAGUUUUAAAUGUGGUCUUUUUAUGACACAAAUUAAUUUUAAAAUUACUUUACCACGAAUAAUUGAACUAAUAAGAAUUCCAGUAUUAUUUUAAAUCAUUCAAUAAAACUUGACUGAUAUGUAAAUAGUUCACAUUUUUUGUAACAAGUUUAUGAAGUAGAUUAAUUAAGUAU